CCAAUUAAUAUAUAUUAUCUAUACCCAUUCAUACACUCAUGUCUAUUUAUAAUAGUAUUCAUAUUCAUUGACACACACAAAUCUAUCUGUUGAGACUUUUUUCACAGAGAAACAGGAAAAAUGGAAGAUACAAAAAGUAAGCUGCAGGAGGGAAGUGCAGUGGAAAGCCUGACCACCACCACCUACUGUGUAACGGGAGCUACAGGAUACAUAGGGUCAUGGCUGGUCAAAUCUCUCCUUCAAAGAGGCUACAGGGUUCACGCCACGGUCCGCAAUCAAGCAAAGACAUUGCAUCUGUUACCAUUAUGGGGUGGCGGUGAUCGGUUGAGAGUGUUCAGAGCUGAUCUGCACAAAGAAGGAAGCUUCAAUGAGGCUGUACAAGGCUGCAGCGGCGUAUUUCAUGUUGCUGCUUCAAUGGAGUUCGAGGUUCCAGCAAAAGAGGACAUUGACAGUUAUGUCCGCGCAAAUGUCACUGAGCCUGCAAUCAAUGGUACCUUAAACCUUCUCAAAUCGUGCUUGAAAACACCAUCUGUGAGGAGGGUUGUCUUCACAUCAUCCAUCAGUACCAUGACUGCCAAAGACAGUGCCGGAAAAUGGAGAAGUGUUGUCGAUGAAUCUUGUCAGAAUCCCAUUGAUCGUGUCUGGAAAACAAAAACAGGUGCCUGGGUUUAUGUACUGUCAAAGCUUCUGACUGAGGAACCAGCAUUCCAAUUUGCUAAUGAGAACAGCAUUGAUCUUGUGUCAGUCAUUACCACAACUGUUGCCGGUCCAUUCCUCACUUCAACGGUUCCAACAAGCGUUCAAGUUCUCUUGUCGCCAAUAACAGGUGACUCUAAAUUCUCUCGAAUUUUAUCUGCUGUGCAUUCAAGAAUGGGGUCAAUCGCUUUAGUUCAUAUCGAAGAUAUAUGCAGUGCCCACAUAUUCCUCAUGGAACAUGAUAGAGCAGAAGGUCGAUACAUAUGCUCUGCCCACAGUUCUGUAAUAUCUCAACUGGUUGAUCGUCUUGUUAAAGAGCACCCUUUCUCAAAUAUGCAGAGGCUUGUAGAGGAAGAACAUGGCUCAGUCCCCUCCGAGAUUUCUUCAAAGAAGUUAAGAGAAUUGGGUUUUAAUUUUAAGUUCGGCUUGGAAGAUAUUAUACACCAUACUGUUAAUUCUUGUGUAGAUUGUGGCUUUUUGUGUCCUACUGUAAACUAGAUUGUGUCAAUAUAGGCACAGAAUGAAACAAAUUUUCAAUAAUUGUAAUAAAAUAAAUAAAUAAAAUCAAAAGGCCUGAAUAGUUGCUGAUAUGUGGUACUAAGUUGUUUUCUUGAUAUCCAGUUCCUAGAGUUUAUGGUUAAUGUCAGUCCUCACAAAUUCUGUUGUAAUAUACAACUUGAUAAGUAUUGAAUGCUAGCCACUCGACCCCAAAUUUGGAGUAAGGGUAUUUUUGGUA